GUCUUUGAAAAGAGAAAAUGCAAAGGCAACGGCUGCUAAGAAUAAUUCUCUAUGCAGGGUAUGAGUUGUGUUGUGGCGUGUGGUUAUGUGGUGUUGCAAUGAUACUGCUUUGCCCAUAGGGUGCAUUUCAAAACAUCCUACCUCAAUGGUAGAAGUUUCAAAGUUGACUAAUUAUGGCACAAGCUGUGAGGCUACACGGUAACGGAAAAGCAAAAGUCUUGACAGAUUCACGCCUUCACAAAAGAGACAGUCCUUUUAGAGUUAAAGGACUCACAAAAGAUGGAGACUUCACAGAGGUCUCCCGUUCAGUCAUCCUUUCUGAUCUCAAUAAUAGUUGUGCUGAAUAUCAUCGUAUGGAUGUUUCUAAUGUCAGCAGUGGGAUUAGGGGCUAUGCACCUACAUGACUGCCCCUUACAGCCUUAUAUCCCCAUCUACCUGCUGGUGUUCGGGGUGACGUCCAUCGCCUCCCUGCUCCUAUCCUACCUCAAUAACACACUGGAGACUGGCUUCCUGAGCCUACUGUGUUCCUCCUGCAUCUUCCUGCUCCAGCUCUUCAACCUCGGCUGGUUCAUCACAGGGAGUGAGUGGGUGUACUCCAUAUAUCCCCCGAACUAUGACUCGAAUGGUGGAGAGAAGUACUGUCAGAGGAAGAUAUACCUGUUUGCUUUCUGGUUCAACAGCCUGGGCAGCAUCUGUAUGGCUGUGGGGUUCUUCUGUGCAGUGUACUUCCUCUUCCUUACCUGUGUGAAAAUGGCAUUUAGGGGACACCAUUUACUCCAUUCACAUAAGAGAUCGUAUGGUGUGGACGCUUGAGAACUCUGUGGCACAGAAACCUCACUAACAUGGUUUUUCUGUUCUAUGUGUGGUGUGUGUGUGUGUGUGUGUGUGUGUGUGUGUGUGUGUGUGUGUGUGUGUGUGUGUGUGUGUGUGUGUGUGUGUGUGUGUGUGUGUGUGUGUGUGUGUGUGUGUGUGUAGUGGUGCCUGGAGAAGUGGGUAUACAAUAAUGUUGGCACAAUAAAGUCGCACUGUGUGAAAAAUUGUUUUCCCAUAAUUUUUCCAGGUAUUCACAAUUAAUUGCAAAAAUCUAUAUUUGGGGAGGUGUAGCUGCCCUUUAAUUCAGUUGCACACCAAGCAAGAUACCUUUUGGCGAGUGGGGUUGCUGUAGCCUAGUGUACAACGUACAGUUGAAGUCGGAAGUUUACAUACACUUAGGUUGGAGUCAUGAAAGUUCAUUUUUCAACAACUCCACAAAUUUCUUGUUCACAAA